GAAACAGCUACACACCUGCAUUCAUAUUAAUUUUUGCCUGUAUGUUGCCAGAUUAAUCGUUUGCCCCUUGCGCAUAUCUUGAUUAAUAUAUAUUGUCGUGCCGGCCUAUAUAAUCUCGUGUCCCGAACCGACAAACAACCACAUCCAAGUGCAGACAUAUACCGAGUCGAUCCCCUGAAUGAUAUUGUGCGUUGUGACGUUUUGUUGAUGGAAUAUUAAUUUAACUUGUUGAUAUUUUAAUACUUUACUGCUCUUACUACCGUAUAUGUAAAGGAAAUCAACGGUGACAAUUAUCUUCAUAUCGAUCUCACGCUCGAUCGUACGAAGCCCGCGUUCCAGCAGAUUCUUUCCCCUUUAUAUAAAAUAACACUCACAACUUUGAUACUGGCAGUUCUGCAUCCAGACAAUACUCGUAUUAUAUCAAAUAUUUGCACCUAGCCCGCGUUGUCCAUCGUGUGACGUACCGCUAUCUGUGAACAGCCGGAUAAAUUUGUUGUACAUACAUAAUCCAUCUGGAAGAUGCAGUCGUGGACAGUAGCGCUUUAUGCCAUUUUCUUCCUCGUCUCGGCUCCCUUGGCAGCUCGGGGUCAUUUUGGUGGGGGAUUUGAUGGGUUUGGCGGAGGGGGAUUUGGAGGAUUCGGCGGUGGACCCGGGUUCUUGGGAGGCGGUUUUGGGGGCCCUGGCUUCGGCGGCCUAGGCGGCGUCAGCCAGUCCAACGCGCUGGGCGGCGGCCAGAUCGGUUUCGGGUCGAUCAACACGGACAACACGGCCUUCUCGCAGGGCGGCAUGGGCUUCGCCAACGGCCGCACCAGCGCCUUCGGCCAGGGCGCCAACAUCUUCUCGGCGGCCUCCUCCAACUCCAUGGGCGGCGGCCUCGGCGGCGGCUUCUUCCGCCGGAGGAGAUAGUUGCAUGAAUGACGCAUAUAUCACUGGUAUUGCAUGCAUAUCAACGUGAAUGUGCAUACAUAUACACCCGCAGAAUCCGACCUUUGCUGGCAUUUCCAUAAUGCAGCAUCUCCGUUUUUGUUUUCCUACUUUUCUGACGGUUAAUGUUCUUCUGCCGACACGACAUUGUUUGAUAAUCUAUAGUUGUCGUGGAAAUGUAGCCGGUUCACGGCAUUAAAGUCAAUUUCG